AUCUGCUUGGACGUGCAGGGAAAGGGGAGAUUCCACGGGAGCUCUAACCCAGAGAGCUCAAAAAUGAUGGAGUUUGCCCCCCAAAAAUAGGCUGUCCCAGGGUUAAACUUCUCCUCCGGCGACAGCUCUGGAAAACCUGGUGUUUUGCAACAUUUUCCAUCCAUGAGUCGUAUUUUUGGGAUUUCUGUCCCCAGAUGAACGAGGUUUUCCACUCCAACAUCCAGGAGGGCAUCAGGCACUACUACGAUGACCUGGACUUCAAGAACAUCCUGGAUUUUGUGCAACAAAAGUGGUUUGCUGCUACAAGGGGAAGAGCAAAGUUUGAUUUGAACUUCAAAGAGCUGCCAGAGCUUCAGUUCUUGCCCAAACUCAAAGUAAAGCUCAGAGAGUUUUCCUGCUGUGGUGGGGAUGAAUAUCGAGACUGGGGGGUCAACCAGUACCACUCCUGCAACAGCAGUGGGCCCCUGGCCUGUGGGGUGCCCUACACGUGCUGCAUCAGGAAGGCCCCUGGAGAGGUCGUGAACACCCUCUGUGGGUACAGGACACUCGACAAAGAGCGCUUGGAGCUGCUCAGCAUCAUCCAUGUCCGGGGUUGUAUCCACGCUGUGGGGCUCUGGCUCAAGGACAACUUCGAGGCCACUUUGGGCAUUGUUUGCUCCCUGCUGCUCCCACAGGUGGUGGGGCUGGUGAUGGCCUGGCUCUACUGGCAGAAGCUCAAUGAGAUCUACUCCAAGCUGGACACCGUGGACUUCAGGAUCCUGGAGCUGCGGGAUUUCAGCUUCGGGGCUGUGGAUCUGAGCGGCGCCGGCUGGUGCUGGUGCCUGCCCAGGGAAGGGGGGUACAUCCCUGUCAACCCUGGGGACGAGGAGGAAGAGGAGCAGGAGGAAGGCAGCACAUCCCGCAGCAAAGUGUGAGGAGCUGGAGGACUCAGAAAGCUCCGGAGGAGGCAGCAGGUGUCGAGCGUGGAAAUAACGCGAUUUAUCUUCUCAGGUUUUGGAGGUGCUCUGGGGAGAACGGAGCACUGGAAGGUUCAAAAACCUACCAUGUGGGCACAGGAGCUCCCCAGGGUCCUCCUGCUUGGCCUUUCGAAGUGUUUGUGCAGCUCCUGAUCAGGGUUUGGGGGUUUUUUUUUAUACAAUAAAUGUGAAU